AUGGUGGUAAAUCUAUUAAUCAAGAUAGAGAAUAAUGAGAGAGUGGUAUAUUUUCCCGGACAAACUGUGCAGGCAUGUGUUCAGUUAUUCCUAACAGAAGGAACUCAUGUGAAAGGCAUAUAUGCAAAAUUUAAAGGAAUAGCUUGCACAAGUUGGACCGAAGGGACUGGGGACACCAGAAAAAGUCACAGAGAAACUGAACAAUACUUCAAAACAGAGAUACCACUAGUACAAGCUGUGGAUGGUGACUAUGUGGACACACAGCCUGGUGAUUAUAAAUACCCUGUUGAUUAUGUAUUACCUUCACUUCUACCCUCUUCCUUUGAGGGUCGCCAUGGCUCUGUCCGUUACAUGAUCAAAGCCAAGAUGAAGACAAGGGGUGGAAAUGUGUACAGAGUCCAGUAUCCAUUCACGGUCAUCUACAAGCUUGACCUCAAUGCAAUAUCAGGGGCAAGGAUGCCGACCCAGAUGCAGGACACUAAAACUGGAUGUUGUUUGUGCUGUAAAACAGGUCCUGUCUCCUGUAUGAUGUGUUUGGACAAACAGGGCUAUGUUUGUGGAGAGAAUAUCAACAUCAGCGCUGAGAUAACUAAUAAUGGUUCUUCAUUAAUACGAAAAACGACAGUUCAGCUGCUCAUGAAUACAACAUUCAAGGCCUACGGUAGUUCUACACACGAUAGAAAAGUUAUAUCAACAGUUUCCCAUGGGACCAUUGGUCCAGGAGAAUCUGACAUUUGGAAUGGUGAUGUGCUUCCUGUUCUUUCCACACCACCAUCUUAUUUAUACGGAUGUUCACUCAUUGAUAUUCAAUACUCAUGUGAGCUUGUUGCAGAUAUGGAUGGGUCUUUGCUAAAUAUUGUAUUUGAUUUGCCAAUCAUAAUCGGCACCAUUCCAUUAUGUCCCCUGGAACAUCAACCUCAACCGCCUGUCUUGCUACGCCAACAUCCGACAGAUCGUGACUGGGCACUAACCAAUGAACAAGCUGGCAACAUCUCAUUGGAUAACAUCACAAUUGCUGAACCAAUCACAUCACAGAUAGUUCAUCAACCUGCAGCCCCACCAAGCUAUGAGGAAUGUAUGACAACAGAUAGAGUCCGGAUUAUGCGUCAAAACAGCAACAGUACAGACCAAGAAGAUCAAUUCACCAACUUCACACCCUCCUACCCAUAUUACAAGCAGAAUUAA